AUGAGGGCUGCUGAUAGGCUGUUGGUUCUGGUGCUGCCGCUUGUCUCCCACGCUGCCCAUCCUGACAUCUGCAGCGCCAAGCCCAAAGACCUCGCCCUGGAGCCACGCUGCAUCUACCGCAGCCCCGACCCCGAGGCCCCGAGGGCCCCACCCCGGAGCCCGAGCCCGUCCCCCGAGUCCACCAACCCCAGAGUGUGGGAGCUGUCCAAGGCCAACAGCCGCCGCUUCGCCCUGUCGCUGUACAAACAACUGGCCGCCACCAAGACGCCCGACGCCAACAUCUUCAUGUCCCCCAUCAGCAUCUCCACCGCAUUCGCCAUGACCAAACUGGGAGCCUGCAACCAGACGCUGCAGCAGAUCAUGAGGGUGUUUGAAUUCGACACCAUCAAAGAGAAGACAUCAGAUCAGGUCCACUUCUUCUUCUUCGCCAAACUCAACUGUCGUCUGUACCGGAAGAAGGACGAGACCACCGCGCUGAUCUCUGCUAACCGCCUGUGGGAUAAGUCUCUGAUCUUCAACGAGACGUACCAGAACAUCAGCGAGACCGUGUACGGCGCCAAACUGCUGCCACUCAACUUCAAGGAGAACCCAGAGAAGGCCCGGGUCACCAUCAACAACUGGAUCUCCAAUAAGACGGAGAACCUGAUCCAGGACACGCUGCCCGCCGGGGUGCUGGACUCCAACACUGUCCUUGUCCUCGUCAACACCAUCUACUUCAAGGGCCAGUGGAAGAACAAGUUUGACAAAGACAACGUGUACGUCUCGGACUUCCACGUCAGCAGCAGUAGGACCUGCUCGGUCAACAUGAUGUACCAGGAGACCAAGUUCAAGUACAGGCACUUCCCCGACGACCACGUGCAGCUGCUGGAGAUGCCUUACCGCGGAGACGACAUCACCAUGGUGAUCAUCCUGCCGAGCAGAGACACCACGCUCAGUAAGGUGGAGGAGAGUCUGGACCUGGAGAAACUGACCAGUUGGCUGGAUGAGAUGAAGGAGACCACCGUCGCCGUCAACGUCCCUCGCUUCAGGGUGGAGGACAGCUUCAGUCUGAAGGAGAAGCUGCAGGCCAUGGGACUGACCGACCUGUUCAGCUCAGACAAGGCCAGUCUGCCAGGGAUGUUGGAGGACGACGGUGAUGGUCUCCACAUCUCGGACGCCUUCCAUAAAGCCUUCCUGGAGGUGAACGAGGAGGGCAGCGAGGCGGCGGCAGCCACCGCCGUGGUGGCCAUCGGACGCUCCAUCAACUUAAAUCGGGAGAUUUUUAUAGCCAAUAGACCGUUUCUGCUGCUCAUCAGAGAAUCGACCAUCAACGCCAUGCUGUUCACCGCCAGGGUGGCCGACCCCUGCAACCAAUAAAACCUCUCCGGCUGGCGCUUUAAUAUCACAAUCUGGAAAAUACUAAAAACCAAAUCCACAUUUUUUCCUUUGUAACAACACAGUUAGGCAUGACAAUGUAAACUAAUCAACAGAACUUUUUCUCUUCUUUCGUGUUUUUGAUCAGCAUCUUGACAUCUGGCUGUUUAAUCAGCAGAAACAAGUUAUAAUUACUGGAUGUUGAUGGUAUCCUCCGGUGACCCGCACGCUACUAUACUGAGACCGUACUAUUGAGCUUAAAUACGUUUAAUGGCUUUUACAGAAUCAAUUUUGUAGAACAAACUAAUGUAUUUUUAACUUAUGCUAAUCCACAACUUUUAGCUUACCAUUUUAACCUUUCAGUACUUUUAACUAUUUCAAGCGUUUAUCUUACUUUACUUUUACUGUUUAUUCACUACUUUAAGCUAACGGUUUCAACUGUUUAUCCAUUGCUUUAAGCUAACGGUUUCAACCGUUUAUCCAUUCCAUUUUGGUAUGUUAACUGUUUAUGGUACUUUUAGCUAACUAUUUCCACUUUAAAGUUAACAUAGUUGGCUAAAACUAACAUACAAUUUUUUCCAUUGCUUUUAGCUUCCAGUUUUUUAGCUAUUUCAGUUGUUCAUCCAUCAUUUUUAACUAUUUACUAUUUUAACCACUGAUCUGUUAAUUUAGCAAACUAUUUCAGAGUUUAUUCGUUACUGUUAGCCAACAGUUUCAGACAUUUUUUUGCUACUUUUAAGGAGGAAUUUUAUCUGUUUAUCCGGGACACUUAGCUAACACGUUCAACUACUUGUCCAUUACUUUAAGAAUAACUAUCUCAACCAUUUAUCUGUUACUUUUAGCUAGCUCAACCAAUUUUCUGUUCCCAAUACCAGACUAUUUAGACUGUUUAUCUGUUACAUUUACUUUUCAUAGCUUAACUUUCAGCUAACUAGUUUAACUGUUUAUCCAUAACAUCUAGAUAACUAUUUCAUCUGUGUAUCCAUUCCUUUUAGCUAAUGGUUUUAACCAAUCAGCAGUUUCUUUUAGCCAACACUUUAUCAACAGUUUUCUCUGUUACUAGCUAACAGUUUCAACUUACCUUAACUAUUUUAAUCAUUUAUCCGUUACUUUUAGCUAACUACUUCAGCUGUCAUUUUUAGUUAUCACGCCCAUUUAUCUGUUAUCCUUACCAAACUACUUAGACUGUAGACUAUCUCUAAAAUGUAGGUAUUUUUACGGUUUGUAGUUUAACGUUGGCUAACUGUUUAUCUCAACAGUUUCAUCCGUUUAUCCAUUUGUUUUAGCCAACACUUUAAACCUUUUCAACAGUCUAUGUGUUAUCGUGGGAAACUCUGUAUGUCCGAGUAUACGUCACCACCUGACCAGUGUUUGUGGUGAAUUGUGGGUAAUAAUGGUGUCGGUAAAGAAAGAGGCGAGUCGGUGGCGGUCGACACUUAAAGUGCUUUAUUUCCUCUGGAGGAGAUGCGACCUGUGAGUGAUCUAGUGGUCAUGGUGAAAGAAGCUUCUUCACAUUUUUCUAAACUAAUAAUCGACCUUUGGCCUCGCCCCCCUCCCCUCCCCUCCCCCACCCCCUCCACCAACAUGUUUUAGAAACAGAGACAUGCAACAGAAAAGAUCUUCACAUAAAACCUUUCAGGUUCUCCACCACAGAACGUGUUAAGUACCUCCUCCUUAAAAAAUGUACAGUAUUAAAAGUUAAUUUACUAAA